AUGGUAAUGGGAUCCUACGACAUAGACUCAUUACCGCGGGAGCUGGCCGGGGGCUGUGGCCUUGAUUCCUUCCAUUGGGAUAUGCUCGGCAACACGGAUAUAUGUUCCUCGCCCUCGGCCCCGUGGCAAAUAUCGCGUCCAAAUGAGUUCCAUGAUCCCGACGUACCUCAAAUUACUAUGGAUCCAUACAUAUCACCGAUUUCAUUUUCACAGUCCUGCCAAUGCGAUGAAGAGGUCUCCGAUCUAGUGCGGAACCUAAGCCGUGCAAACAUGUCUCACAAUACCAUCCAAACACUUCGCACAGGGAUAUCUUUGACAGAUAGACUUCUUGUCUGUCCAAUCUGCUACGAUAUCUCCAAACCGCCCCGAGUAACGGUUCAAAACGUGCUACUUAUUGGCAAGCUCAUGAUGGAAAUAACCGCUAGUUACCAAAAGUAUUUACGUUGGCUGAAUCAACACUGCUCAGAACUGGAUGAUCGCAAUGACACCGAAGUCGUGUAUCUAGACUCUGGUCUAGGAGGUCCUUCAGACCUAUCUUUACAGCUUAGCGGAGAGAAGUUUCGCAAUCUUGUUAUGCAUGGGCUUCGAAAGGACGCGGAACGGCUUACGGCGCUGGGGAAAACAUUUGCGCAGCGCCAGCGCAAUCGACAUAUGGUUGGCCAUGAAGCUUGUCCUAAUUUAGACGGUCGAUGUCGGAAAAAUGAUGAAUACGGAAUUGAUCAUGACCCACUAGAUCUCUGUCCACAGGAUCCAGUGGCUCGGAAGUUGGUGCCUUGUUUUCGGAUCGUGGAUGAGGUUCGGGGGAUGAUCAAGCAAGUCGAGGAUGCAGUUGCGUGA